GGGGGGAUGCGCCCCUGGGCGCGGCGGCGGCGGCGGCGGCGGUGGCGCGGAGUCCGAGCCCCGGAGGGCCGCCGAGCCGGACAGUAGAGCCCGCCACCGGCCGGGCUGACCAGCACCGGGAUGGCCAGUGUGAACCCCGCCAGCCGCCCCCACUACGCUUCUUCCAUCCCUGUGCCUCGGGCCACUUCCCAGACCAGGAUCCCCACCCCGGGCACCUCCCCACAGCUGCGGCCACGCCAGGCUGGCCUGGCCCUGAGCCCCCAGCGCGCGGCCUCCCCCAGGCUGGGCAAGCCCGCGGGGCCUUCCAGAAGCUCCUCUCCUAAGGCCUCCUGGGGAAGAGGCUCCCCCAAGCCGUCCGCGGGCGACACUGGUGACAGCCUCUCCGGGUCCCCAUGGAGCAGCCCCAGAACAGCCCCCAAAGCCACCCUCUCCAGCCGGGCCGGGUCCAGAAGAGUCGGGGACACCCAGGGCAUCCAGGGGAAGAAGAAGGUGGCCCAGGACGGGCUACCCACACGCCAGACCCGGGGCAGGAGUCCAUCCCGGACGUGGCUCCGGGGAGAAGAUCACGUGGCAGCCACUCCUGAAGGUCGCAAGCCUCUGAGCUGCGCAGGGAGAGAGGAAAGAGAUGGGAUCCCCAGGAGCUCUGGGCUUCCCAGGGCUUUGGAACCUGAUGACGGGGCAGCCUCAGGGACCUCCUCCCUGAUCUGCAGCCCAGGGCAGAGCAAGCGCCCUUCUCCCACUCCUGGGGCCAUCAGCUUCUUCUCUGCCCAUCCACAGAGUCAACCUGUCACAGCCACCGUGGCCCCCUUCCAGUACAGGUCGCAGACUGACCAGGAGCCUGGCCCCCGGCCACAGAGGAGCGGUGCCUUUGAGGGCCGCUCUGGACCCCUUGGCGGGCCUGACGAGCAUUUUUGCACAGAUACCCCCAACCUCUUCCUGUAG